AUGCCGAAUGAUGAUGAGAAAGUACUUCAGCUCUCAGACUGGUUUGAUCCUACAAAACGUCCUGAUGUUAUAACAUUGACCAAUUGGCUUGCUCCAAUCAUAUGGGAAGGAACUUACAAAAGACAGGUCCUAGAAAGAUAUUAUAAGCAGCUGAACAUUACCAUAGGCUUGGCUGUGUUUUCUACUGGAAGAUUUACAGAUUGGUACUUCGAAGAGUUCUUAGAAUCUGCUGACAAGCACUUUAUGGUUGGCUACAAUGUCAUAUUUUACAUCUUCACUGAUGACAUCAACUCCCUACCUACUAUAAAUCUGAGUCCUCUUCGAACAUAUAAACUAUUCAAUCUAAUUAAUUAUGGCACAUGGCCAAGUAUUAUCAUAAGAAACAUGGAGAACUUUCAAAUGGUUCUCAUAGAACACAUCCAGUAUGAAGUUGACUUUGUCUUCACUAUGGAUAUCAACCAGAUCUUCCAGAGUGAUUUUGGCGUGGAAACCCUGGGCAGCUCUGUAGCUCAACUCCAUGCAUGGUGGUAUUUUCAAAAACCCAGUCAUUUACCAUAUGAGAGAAGAACCGAAUCAGCAGCUUUCAUCCCCUUUGGACAGGGAGAUUUCUAUUACCAUAGUGCCAUUUUGGGAGGCACACCCCAUUAUGUUUUAGCCUUCACUACGCAUUAUCUAUUGGGAUUUGCACAUGACAUCGAAAAUGACCUUAACAGCCCUUAUGAAAGCCACCUUAACAAAUAUUUAUUUGUCAACAAACCCACUAAGCUGUUAUCACCAGAAUACAACUGGGAUCCAAAAUUUAAAACUCCUCCACAAAUCAGAUAUGUUAAGAUAGCAUUCCAGCCACAAAUGAAAUGGUGA